ACGAUCACAAACAACAUGCUCGAUGAUCAUACCUUAUAGUCUCACUUUCGCAGUGCAAGUCAGCGCCGAUUCUUCGAUAUCCAUUUUCCCGCAUUGAUUGCCUCGGCAACCCUCACCAUCAUACUUAUGCCUGCUGUCAACGAAGGGCGUAGGCAUCAUGUGACGUAACGGGCGACUGUAGAUAGGUGCGGUAGGUACCUAUGAAAGAGAUAUUGUAAACACCCAACACUACUACAAUCACACAAAUACAAGAUCAAAACUUCUUCACAAUACACAAAGAAAUUACAACCCACACCAAAAGCUCACAAUGUCACCAGGAGCAGUCUCGCCGCUUAGUAAAGUCAAAGCCCUCACUUUUGACGUCUUUGGGACCGUCGUCAACUGGCGUUCAUCUGUAACCGAUGAACUUACGCUUCGAGCUUAUCGCAAGACUUCCUCCGGCCUGAACCAAGAUGUCAAAGCUCGUGUUCAGAAGCUCACCGAAGAGGACUGGGGCCGCUUCGCGCAGGAGUGGAGGAACUCAUACGGGAAGUUCACAAGAGGCUUUGACCCGGAAAAGCACACUUGGAAGACCAUUGAUCAGCAUCACCACGACAGUCUAGUCGAGCUUCUCAAGGCAUGGGAUCUAGCUGACUUAUACAGCCCGACUGAGAUUGAAUCCCUGAGUCUCGUCUGGCAUCGCUUGACACCUUGGGAUGACUCCUCAGACGGUAUUCAUGAGCUUGGGAAAACAUACAAAACCAGCACCUUGUCCAAUGGCAAUGUCUCGCUACUCAGAGACCUGAACGAUUUUGGAAACCUAGGCUUUCAGGUUCUCCUCUCAGGAGAGAAGUUCAGGGCUUAUAAGCCAAACCCGGCCGUAUACACUGGUGCUGCACGCGAGUUGGGACUCGAGCCUCAUGAAGUUUCCAUGGUUGCAGCGCACCUCAACGAUCUAGAGGCCGCGAGAGCCUGUGGCCUGAGAACCAUCUAUGUCGAACGCCCCCAAGAGGAAGCCUGGGAUAAGGAGGAUGAAAGGUACCAAAAGGCCAAAGAAUGGGUCGAUAUCUGGAUCACGGAAGACGAUCAAGGAUUUCUGGCUUUGGCUCAGAGACUUGAGGAGUUGGCAUUGAAAUAGUCGCAAAGUUUCGAGCAGCUGGUGUUGCUGUUAUUGGUCAUUUAAGUGCUGAGUAGCAUGAAUUCGGAGUUGCCUUUGGUCGAGACUCAAUCAGCGGAGCCUUGUUCUCAACCCAGAGUCACUUGGAUCGUUACAUAACAUCGUUGUUCUAUCAUUAGUAUCAUAGAAGCUUUCGUCUAGGCUAUUUGGAGUCAUAUGACCUCACGUGCAUUGAUUCCUAAUUCGGACUUCAUCCAUAAGACUUCUGUUUCCA